AUGGCACCGAUGGUCUCAUCGAAGUUUUCCCGAGAGCUAAUUGCAUCAAAAUUGACCCCUCUCUGCCCGAGCGUUCGGGGCCGCCUCAACGGACCAUCUCUAAAUCGGAUGAAACGAACAAUUAACCUAAUUCUGGUACGCGGCUCUGUUUCAGAUGGCACCGAUGGUCUCAUCGAAGUUUUCCCGAGAGCUAAUUGCAUCAAAAUUGACCCCUCUCUGCCCGAGCGUUCGGGGCCGCCUCAACGGACCAUCUCUAAAUCGGAUGAAACGAACAAUUA